CUUCAGAAUCUGUUCCAAUAUAGAGAAUGUCACAGGACCCUUGAAUUGUCCAACUGAAAAGACCCUUGAAUGUUACAUAUCUUGAGAUUAGAGAUUGGCUAGGAUCAUGAUAAGCAUGUAAGUGACAGUCAAAGAAGUUAGGUACCCACUCAUGUACCUCUUUUUCUCGUCCAUCACCAUCUCGCAACUUGCAACUCAACUUACACCAUGAACAUGGAUGAUCCUGAAUCGGCAAUUGAAUCAGCGCCCUCACAUUCAGAGUUACAGCCGAAUGAUCUGCAGGACAAGGACAAGGACCAAGAUCAGCAGCAGAAAGCACCAUCAUUAAACCUCAUCGCUGAAAAUCAAAUCAUUCAGCCUGAUAAUGACAUAAACAACCAACAACCUUCAAUCAUCAAACAAAAUUACUACACAUCUGCGCAAUGGACUGCCGAUGGAACAUCACUCAUCGUAUCAUCUGCCAUCAACUCAAUAUCCACCUUUGUCCUCCCUGAAGAUCUCCUCGACCCAUCAGCUUCACGCCCUCGACAUCUCGAGUCUCAAUCCUCAAUAUCACUUCCUGAGCCUUCUCAAACGAUCAUCCCCGCGCCCUUCUACUCUCUAGCUGAGCCAACCUCGCAAACAGUCCUCGUAGGAUGUCGCGAUCACCCUGUCCAGCUCUACCAUCUCUUCCCUCCAGAUGAUGAUGGUCUUGCGUCGCGUUCUGCCCCACUUGCUUCGUAUAAAUUAAUACGCCGUGAAACAGAAGAGUAUAUCACGCCCUCGUCUAUCCUCUGGGAUGCACCUGGGACGCAUUUCCUCGUGGGCUCAACGAACCGGCUUGACUACUUUGACAUGACUCGACCAGGAUCAGAUGGUCCGAUACUUACUAUACCCACUAUCCCUUCUAAACGUCAUAUAUCGAAGGGAAAUGGAGUUGGUAUGAAGGGCACUGUCGCUGCUCUCGCUUCCUCGCCUGUGGAUGGUAAUGGGAGCUCUGUUAUUGCUGCGGGGACAUGGACGCGGUGGAUGGGAUUGUAUGAUGUGCAUCGCUCAGACAAGGUUAUUGCAAAUUGGUCUCUCCCUCGUUCUGAGGAAAUAAUAGGAGGAAUAGGAGGCCAGGGAAUUGUUCAAGUCCGCUGGAGUCCAUGCGGUCGUUACCUAAUCCUCAACGAGCGACAUGCCUCUGGUCUUAUUGUGUAUGACGUCCGCGGAACAGGCGAACUCCUCUGCACUCUUCGAGGUCGAAGUGCACCUACACAGCAGAAGAUGACAGUGGACGUCUUUUCUGGCGAUCCCUAUGCUGAGUUCCCAUCCUUUGAGGUCUGGGCAGGGACACACGAUGGUGGUGUUGCGGUGUGGGAAGGCGUUGGCUCUCAAGCCGGCGUUGUAGAUCCAUCAUGGACAUGGAAGCCCCAUGAUGCACCGGUAGGAAGCACUGCUCUACAUUCAAGCGGUUCUGUGGUCGCAACAUGCUCAGGAGGCUGGGGCUUUGGAGACUUGUCGGAAACUCAGACAGUGUUUGACGAGUCUAGUGUCAAGAUCUGGACUAUAGGAGGUUGACUUGAUUAAAACAUGGUAGGCUGAAUGAUAAUCACGAAAGCUGGUAAGACGUCACUCAAAGGAAUCCACAGUUAAGUAUAGGUUCAAGACGAGUAAGUAUUGGCUGUUCCGUUCAGCUUCCAACUUCGAGUUCCAAUUGACUACCAAAAAGACGAAAUAAAGACAUGAUAGAUGAAGGUGGACAAAAAGAUUCAAAAUA